CCCAUCACGUUUGAGUUUGUUUCCGAGUACAUUGCCUCUCUCGAGCUAUUUUUCCCUCUUUGAGGUAGCUCCUGCGAUCGCACUGCGCGCGCGAGAGAGAAAGAGAUAUGAUCGACUCUUCUCCCGCUGCUAUUCCUUUGAUGUCUACUCCUGCAUCCGUGGUGGCCGGAACCCCGGCCGAUCACGGCGGCUUGCCUCCUACGAGCGCCGGGGAGAUUGUGCCUCGGUCGCCGCUCGAGAAGCCCCUCGCCGAACUCACCGAGAGGGACAUCGCGCAGCUCACCCGCGAGGACGCCCGCCGCUUCCUCAAAGCCAAAGGGAUGCGGCGGCCGUCAUGGAACAAGUCGCAGGCGAUCCAGCAGGUCAUCUCCCUCAAGGCCCUCCUCGAGGGGACGCCGGGAUGCGACGACUGCCCCGCUGGCGUCGGAAUCUUUCAGAAGUCUUCCUCUCCUCCGGCGCCGGUGUUCCCCUUGCAGCAGGACUCUUCUCCUCCCUCACCGAAGUCCGGCGGCGGAUCGCAGCUGCCGGCAAAGGAGUCGUCACCGUACCGGAGGAGGGAUCCGAUCCCUCCGUCCUACUCCGCCGGAGCGGACCCCCAUCCCCUGCCGGAGAUCCGCUGCCUCUUCCCCAGGGCGACGGCCGAACUCCCGGCCGGGCAGAUGACGAUCGUCUACGACGGCGUGGUCAACGUCUACGACGGCUUGCCGAUGGAUCAGGCGAGGGCGGUCCUGGAGCUCGCGGCCAGCGCGGUCUGCUUCGACGACCUAACCCGUCCGGUUUCUCCGGCCUUCCGCCCCACCUCAGUUGUCCCCGAGCAGGACCCGGUAUCGGUCCCCACAGCGCCCUCGUUGGCCAAAACUUUCCCAGUAGCAGCGUCGGGCAGGGUGGCCCACCACGCGGCGGGCGGCUUGGAGGAACCGAGAGGCACGCGGCCAGCGGAGCCUGAUUCUGCAACAAGCAGAAAAGCAUCAUUGCAGAGGUAUUUGGUGAAAAGAAAAGACAGAUACAAGGCAAAGAAACUCCUUAAAGGUUCAACUUCUUCAAAUAUGGAAAUGAUGUACUUUAGCCAAAAGUUGAAAUUCCCGAACCUAAAUGAGCUUACCACGCUCGAUGACACAAGCUUCUCUGCCCUAUUUCAACAACCUCAAUCCCCAGGUAGGUGCAGCUCUGGAGAAAACCAAGUUCAAAGAGAGAAAUUCUUCAUCGAUCUCAAUGGUGAUGGUGGUGGGGAUUAGUGAACUGCCUAACUUCACUUGUUUGACGAACAGAAGUGUGCUAAUGCUGCUCCAUCAACAUGGCCAAAGCCAUCAGAGAUCCUAAUUCCUCAUCUUUCUGCUUUGGGUUUGAACAUAUUCAAGAAGUUUGGGUUUGUGCUUCCAAGCAAUGACAAGCAUGACUUUGACAAAUAGUAGAAGACAGGAUGGAAGAUGAGAUUGAGCCAUAGUCUCCAUCCAGCAUAUAAAUCUGCCAAGAUUUAACAGAUUUCUUCACCUGUGAAAACAAUUCUGCCAGUUUAUGGUGCCAGUGCAGCCUAUGGAAGGAUCGCAGUUCUGUGUUUCCAACUACUAUCGUUUUCUUACCAUUUACCACCUUGCUUGCUGUAAGGUGUUCUAUGAAUAUUGCAGCUGCUCGUGGAUUUAUUUGGGGUGAGUACCGUAUCCCGAAAGUUUGACAUGCCAUUUUUUUUUUUCUCUUUUAUGAGAUAGUUUUCUUGUUGUUGAUUCUUAUAUUUAAGUUUCUCGAUACAUGUUGAAUCUAUUGGUUUA